CCCCUGCGUCCAAUAAAGGCAAGCUGCCGUGGUGCAUUGUGGAUAUUAUAGUUUUCUUUGUGCGUUAACCCAGAGCUUAACAUAUUCAGAGCCUUGCUGACAAGACUACAAAUCCCAUAUAUCCCCGGCUGCUCUGCAAGGAGAGAGGACUCUGACCGCGGAAGGGCUAGUGGAGGCAGGAGUUUUGCGAAGCAGACACGUGCAAAAACGCAGGCAGCUUAGCCACAGCAAUAAUAAUACCAUGAUGAUCGAGGAGGCAAAAAAGCUGGCCGCCUGGACUGCGGUAAAUAACCACGUGCAGACCAAUCAAAUUCUUGGAAUUGGAAGUGGUUCUACGAUUGUUCAUGCUGUACAUCGGCUGGCUGAGAGAGUGAAACAGGAGAAUCUCAGCAUAAUCUGCAUACCUACAUCUUUUCAGGCACGUCAAUUGAUUCUGCAGAAUGGCUUAACCUUAAGUGACCUGGAUAGACACCCUGAGUUGGAUGUUGCCAUUGAUGGGGCUGAUGAAGUUGACUUGGACCUCAAUCUUAUCAAAGGAGGAGGGGGCUGCCUGCUGCAGGAGAAGAUAGUUGCUGGCUAUGCAAAGUGCUUCAUAGUUAUUGCUGAUUACAGGAAAAAGUCUAAAAGUUUUGGCGAACAGUGGAAGAAAGGGAUCCCUAUUGAGGUCGUCCCCAUGGCCUAUGUGCCAGUCACCAGAGCCCUAGUCAAGAGGUUUGGGGGUGCUGUAGAGCUGAGGAUGGCUGUCAAUAAAGCUGGCCCAGUGGUGACGGACAAUGGAAAUUUUUUAUUGGACUGGAAAUUUGACAAUGUCCAUAAAUGGAACGAAGUGAACAUGGCAAUCAAGAUGAUACCAGGAGUGGUGGAAACGGGCCUCUUUAUCAACAUGGCAGAGCGAGUUUACUUUGGCAUGGAAGAUGGCUCUAUCAGUGUACUUGACAAGCCAGUCCACUAAAUAAUAUUCAGUUGCCAAUAUCUCCUCUGCCUUCAGCCUACAUUGCACACAGUUCAUCAUUAUGGGGCCAACUUGACAUUUUGCCUUAAAGAACGUCUGUCCGGAUCUCAGUGAAUGAAAGAGGGUCCAGCAGAUUUCAUUAAUAUUGAAAGUGAAUGUCUUAAAUCAACUUUUUACCUUCAUGAAUGUUCUAAUCACUUUUAAAAGGUAAUUUUUGAGCACAGUGUUUAAACUUUCACUUUGUUUUUAUACAAACAUUUACCAAAAACCAUACUUUCUAUAGAGCUUGAACCAUCUGACUGCUCAGAGUGUGCCUGGGUGAAAGACAAUAACUGCAACUUGUGGUCUUAUGUAUUAAAUGCAUUUUGUGUGGGUUUAUGAAAGGGUAUCUAGUUUGAAUUCACAAAUGCCUUACAGAACCUUUUAGGUUCUAUAAUUUAUGCCUUUUUAUGAUUUUUAUAAUUCCUUGUCUAGUCUCAGUAUAGUACAACUGUUUGUUCAGUUGGUCACCAUACUGUGAAUAUAUUUUUAUGUUCUACUUAGGGCUGAUUAAUACACUUUCUGCAGUUCCAUAUUACUCCAGUCUGAAAGGGAUGACAUAGUUGCAUCUUAGAGCAGGAUCACCAGCCCCAGCUGACACUGGCAUGAGGACUGGCAACAUAGUUCCUCCCAUCUUGGAGAUACUAAAUAGCUUCUCCCACAUAACUUUCAAACAAUACCAAUCAAUCAUCUUUAUUACAGUCAAAAACUAGCAAACAAUACCAAAACUAUUUGGGAGAAGCCAUUCUUUAGUGUCUCCCAGACUAGGGAUGUGCAUGGAACUGGUUUGCAUGGUUCAGUCUGAACUGGUUCAGUUGAACCAACAGGCUUGUCCAGUCUAUCCAACCAAACCAAUUCAAGUGCUUGUAAAGGGGAAUCUAAUGAUUUCCUGUUGCUUCCAAAGGGUAGGGGAGCAGCAAGAGGCACUUUCAAAACAGAAAGAGAAGGUGCUUAGCAGCAGGCUUGCAUGCCCCACCCCCCUGGUGGUAGCAUGCAAGUGGUCUAGCAUGAACCAGAUCCCUUUCACUGGGGCCAGUCCGGUCUGCAACUGAACCAGUCUGGUUAGCUGUGGGUUGCUUUGAUCACGGACCAGUUUGGCACACCCCUCUCCCAGACAACUGUGGAUAAUGCAUGAAUUGGUCCUUAAUUUAAAUGUGCCAACUUUGUGUUGACCCCUCUCAAAUAGGUAAAGGAUAAAUAUAUUAAAUGUCUAGAGCCAUGCUCUAGGUUAGUGGCAGGAUUUUAAAGCCCACUUCACAUGAUUUGCAGAAUAUUAUAGCGAAGUACAGAGUCUUCCUGGUGGGCAUGGACUAUGUCAAUGUAGCAAGAGAAAGGCACUCUUCAAAUGCAUUCUUUUUCUAUAUGCUUUCUUUGUACUAUACAUCAAACCAUGACUCAUCACUUUGUUGUAGGCACUGAAAUAAAGAAAUGAAAAGCUAAA